GCGACGAUUGUGGCGAUUGUGGUGCUUGUGAUACUAAUUCAUUAACAUCUUCCUCCCUAUGUACUCCAAUUUGGUAUCCAUUUUUAUAAACUUAUAUAAGAUUAGUACACAGUUACCAAUAAAAACAACAAAGUGCGAAAUUAAAACAAUUACUUCCUUUAUAAUUGGUUUUGAUAAUCUAAUUUGCCAAAGGAUAAAAUUCUCAAGAGCUUGCCUCAUUGUCUCAACCUCCUAAGUGGGCAUAGAGACUCAAGUAGUGGCUUCUCAAACAUCUACAACCACCACCCUCAUUAUAUCAAUUGUGAUGGUUUCAUGGUGUAUGGUUAACCCUAAUGUAUACAUUUUACCUAAUUUCAACAAAUAAUAUUUGUAAAACAUAUUAAAGAAUAUAAUUAAAUAAUCAUGAAAACAAUAUAAUUAGACAAAUUACCUAAGGCCACCAAGCACUGUAGGGCAUCAUCAUUGAACAACUUGUAUAGUCUGGAUCAAUAGUGGGAGAAGCUUGUCGAGGGGAAACAUAAAACCUCCCAUUUGUGCUUAUACAAAGAAGAGAUGAUUGAGGGGGAUUCUUAGGCUCUGUCUUAAGGGAGAGGCUAACUAUACUCGUACUUUUGCUGACAACUAUGCUAGCCUAUUAGAGUACUCCUUCUUCUGUUGUGCCUGUAUAUCAUCAUACUCCUUUUUCAUCUCGCUGAUCUCAUCCUUUUUCUCUUGUUUGAUUUGUUCUCUAAUAUUCUUGAGGACCUCCUCAAAGAUAAGGGCUUUACUAUGUUGACUUGAUGAAGGACCAAAGAAUUGACAGAUGCCAAAAUAUUUUCCACAACCAAUAUGUCCUCAUGGCCUUCUGAAGUGAAGGUACCCUGUGUGCUCUACUCCACCAAGUCAUCCUACGACCAAAAAUUUCAAGGUUUAAUGCUUCUAUGGACAUCUACAUUGCCUGUACCUUCAGCUAUUGGUUCGGCCUUUGCGGCCAUAGUCUUCCUUGGAAUUGGAAAAAGUGGUCAAAAGCUUUCAGAAAAUUUCCUUGAGUAUCAGUUUGAAGAAAAAAUUAAACCAAAGAAACAAGGGGGAAAAGAUGGAAGCACACAAGACAGAAAUGAGAGAAGCCUCGGACACACAAUUUUUGUUAAUAUCUGGUUGUUCUUUCCACUGGUUGUUGGAUAUAUCAUAACAGUUUGCCUUGAUUUCGUCUUCCAUGAUGCAACACUCGAGGACCUAUUCAGAUUUUCUGCACUUCUCAUGGGAGCGACUCAUCUGUUGUUCCUCAUCGGUUCUUUGGGUUAUAGCCGCCAAGAAUUACCCGUUGAAAGCGAUCUAAGCAAGAUCCAUAGAAUCUUCAUCACAGCUUUACGGAAACUGAGUUUAAAAUAUCCAACCUCAUCGAAUUCUUAUUACUGGAAGGGCUACAAGCAGCAACACACGUAUACUCGUGGUGAAGGAGUAAGGUUAUUGCCACGAGUUCCACGGCUAUUCAGGUGGUUGGACAAAGCGGCCAUAGUUAAAUCAGAAGAAGAAGAAGAUUCAAGACAUCAUAGAGAGAGUAUUGAUACGCAAGAAAAGAAAAAGAAGAUUUGCACUGUGAAGGACGUGAGAGAUGUCAAAAGCCUUGUUCAUAUAAUUUACCUUGGCCUUACCAUCUUUCCUUAUAGUUUACUCAUUGCCUCUGGGGACACUUUCUUUGUUGCCCAAGCAAGUGAGUUGAAAUCAGUUAUGAAUAAAAGAGGUAACGAUAUCUCUAUUCUAUUCUUGAUCAAAUCCGUGGCGACUGACAUGUCAGAGUUUACUUGUUUUCUCAUCAGUCUUCCCUUUCGAAAGAAACAAAAAUCAAGAGUAGCAAGAUUCAUUUGGGAAAGAAAAGCAGCGACAAUCAUGAGGAUUGGAUUUGGCAUUACGUGUGCAGUAAUAUGCGGCAUCAUAGCAUGGCAAGUGGAGAUGCGCAGGUUGUCGUCAAAGUUUACAACAGUGGCUUUGGUUCCGCAAUUUGUGUUACUAGGAAUGACAGAGGGACUUGUUGACGGGGGAAUAGAAAGAUUAUUCGAUGACCAUGUAGCGAAAUCGUUGUCGAAUUUUGAGGAUUCGUUUAGUGAGUUGGUGGUUGGUGGUGGAAAACUUCUGAUUAUACCAAUUGUGUGGAUUUUCAGCGGGUGGAUCAAGGAAACAAUCGACGAUAGCCAUUUGGACAGGUACUAUCUGAUGUUGGCGAUAAUGAACGCUGUGCUGCUUCUAGCUUUUGCAUACUACUCCGUUACCUAUGCAUACAAGGAAGUGUGUCCCGAAGAUGAGAAGGUAACCACAGAGGAAAGAGUGGAUCAUGCACAUCAACCAGACUCAGAAGACGCCUAUCAGGAAAAUACCUACCCAUUGAAAAUGGGAAAGAGUGGAUCAUUCCCAUAACAAGUGUAGUGUUCAGGAAAAUACUUUUUGUUUUCUAAUGUAAUAUUAGUUAUCACAAGUGAAUGUUCACUUUAUUGAAAAUGUCAUCGACCAAAACACCUUAUUCAUCUCUGUCCACAAGGGAAUCAAAGUACACAAAUGAAUUGUCGUCUAUUUCAUGAUUGAAUCCUCAAUGAUAAGGAAAAAAUAUUAGUUAUA